AUUUUGCGCCUGCGCACUGUCGGCGUCUGGGUAUGUCACGUGUCUAAACCAACGUGCUACUGUUUAGUAAAGUUCUUCUUGUCUAAUCAACAUUUUCGCUUUAACUACAAGAUAUAUAGAAUAUUAUUUGAUUUUCUUAUGCUAUGUUAUAUCUGUAGGUGUUCCCAAACAAGUCUCAUUUGUCAAAAUCACUUUCUUUCGGAUUAAUGGCGUUCAACGUGUUGAUAUCAAUAAUCAAUAUAACGUUGUUUUCCUCGGCUCUUUUCUCCUCAUAUAAACUCUUUAAGGACCACAGAGCUCCCUCAGUUGGCUUCUUCCUGGUUGGAGUCUCUGCAGGCCUUUCUAUUUUGCCUUCCUCAAGCACACUCCUCACUUCACUCCAGAAAGAGGCAGAAUGUGCCGCAGAGGUUCUGGCUCCAGCUCUACUCGCCUUCCACUUCCUUUGGCUCAGUGAAGACCGCAACACAGCAUGUGUUCUCCUGUGUGGUUCCUGCCUGUUGCUAGGACUGUGUGACAGAUUCUCUGCAGAAACACUCACUGUUUUAUGUCGCUGCAUUGGCCUGGCAUCCUUGUCCUGUUGCCUCAUGGUGUGUCUAUUGGCAGGAAACCUCACAGGAGUCCUGUCCAGUCUAACAGUUAACCUACCAGUACUUUUAGCGCCUAGUUAUGGACCACACACCUUUUCAUCGCUCGUCUCUCCGGCCACCGACGAGCUAACCAUGAAGUGGCUUUUGAAAGUCUCCAUGUCCAUCGGCUGUUUGACCUCAAAACAUUCCCUGGACAAACUUCAGUUGGAUGUGACUGACCGAUAUCACUUAAACUUGUAGAAUGUUGUUCAUCUUGGCAUUAUUUGUUUAAUAAUACUCUCAAAGGCUUUCUGGUGUUAUUCUAGUUUAAUAGGGGGAUGAAUGGUGGAUUAAAAUACCAUAAUACAGUUAUCAGGGUUAACCCACAUCCAGUAUUCAUUUUGGUGCCUUUAUCUCCAUUUAUUUAUCCUUUUUGUUCUUUCUAUCAUAUUUAUGUAUUUCUAAUGAUUUGUUGUGUCUGAUAAUUGUUUAAAAUUAAGAACAUUUGGUUUUGCAGCAGUAUCUUGGCACUGGUAUGCUAGCAAGUAAAUACAUAUUUGUUUUUUGGAUGAGCUAAAAGAGCUAAUCAUUUGAGCAUUGAGCACUUGAAUUAUUUUCUGUCAAACCUCCAUGGCGGCUGACUCAGGCGCCGCACUGAGCAUGCUCGCUCCAGCUGCAGCCUGUAAAUGGGCCAAGUGUGCAGAGGAGGAGGAGAAAGGGGAGGGGAAAACAAUCUGAUGGACUGCAUGGCAUCGGGAUGCUGUUGCUUGUAUGAGAAAAGAAGCUGCAUGGGAAAGAUGUGUCACGGAUGAAGCGCGAAUGACGGGAAUGUCGGAUCGUUACCGCAAAGACCACGACGAUAUGUGUUAAGGAACUGUGAACUGCGUGGAGAUGUACGCCUUCUACUCUCUUUUAGUCUACAUCUUCUACACUGUCUUCAAGAAAGAGGAGGAGGAAGCCUUGGAGGCAUCAUGUGGAGCUUCCACAGAUGAGCCAAGACCUGUUUCCAUGGAAACAGGGAGAAGAGGGAGUAAUGGCCACACCCCCAAAAUGAAAAAAAAAACCUGUGCUAGGCUUAGUGACUCAAGCAGUAGCAGCGAAAGCGAUGUGUCCCUGAGCGAUGAAGACGAGCAAGAUGGCACUGACAUCCCAGCUUGCACACCUCUGGCUGCAUUUUUAUCCUUCAAGCAGGAGACUGACAAGAGGAAGAACUCGCAGGGCCAUCUGGAGACAUCAGGAAAGUUGGGAGAGUCCCCAUUGAUGGCCGUCAUGUCCCACCUACUGAGCUUCCUGGAGCAGUACUCCCACUUCCAGCAGCUGCAGCAGCAGGCCGAGCAGUACCGCGUCCAACUCAAGCGGCACCGGGUGCAGCACCGCCGACAGAUGAAAGCGUUGCGGGCCUCCUACCGCCGACGCCUCAAGGACAAGAAGAGCAUCAUUUGUAACCUGGAGGAAGCCGUCGAACAACAACUCAGCCCGCUGAGUGACGUUCCAGGCGAGAGCGGCAGUGAUGCGGGGGCUCAAGCGGGAGUUCACAGCUUGGUGGAGUCUCUGUACAACCUGCAGGGGGAACGUAGCAAGCUCAGAGGAGAACUCCGUCUCCUGCGCUCGCAGCUGGAGCAGAAGGAUCGAGACCGACACUCGCGGAUACUUGGCUUUCAGCAGCAGAUCGACGAGCUUAAAAGUGGAAUCGAAGAACGCGAGGAGGAGCUGUGCAGACUCAAAACCGCCACUGGUGCCACAGAUUCCGAAAAGCGAGCGUUGUGUCUUUCGGCGGAGAACGAGACGCUCAAGCAGAGCCUGACUGUCACCCAAGGCCUCCUGCAGCAGCUCACCACCAUCCCUUCCCAGUCCAGCACCAUGCUCAUCAAGGAAAACGAGAAUCUGCGAAGCCGAGUGCAGCAGCUGGAGGCCUCCCUGCAGCAACGCGCCGAGCGGCUGUCGCAGCUGGAGCAGCAGAGCGAACAGAGCGAGUGGAGGAGGGGGGAGGAGCUGAGAAGACGGGAGGACAGAGUGAGGGAGCUUCAGCUGGAGUUGGAUCGAGAGAGGGGCAAGGAGCCGCUGGUCAAGUAUGUUACCCAGACCGUUGAAGUGGAAUCUCCGGCCACCGUGAAGCAGCUGACCAAAGCCAAACAGAGGAACGAGCUGCUGUCCGAGAAGUUGUCCAACCAGAACGAGCGCUGCAAACAGCUGGAGGAGCAAAUCCGCAAAUCGGAUGAAUACAGCUGUAAUCUGCAACACAAGAUUGCAGCUUAUGAGCGGGAGAUCGGACAGCUGAGGGAGGAGCUCCUGAAGGAGAUCGGCCAUUUGGAGGAGAGGAAAGAGGAGGCGGUGAAGGCUGCCGCAAAUUGUUCGGCUGAACACUUUCAGGACUUGCAGCACCAAUUCUUUGGUUUACAGAAACGUUUGACUGCCCUCCCGCCGACUCUGCGCUGCAUGAAAACAGACUACGCCAGCCUGAGGAGCCAAGUUCGGAACUUCUCAGAGUUUUAUGGAGCGGCGAUUAAGGAGGCAAAGAAACAGGUUUCCGCAGCAAUCUCUGAGAUGUCAGAGGCCAACAAAGACCUUCUGGAGAAAUACAGAAAGGAGGUUGCACUGCGCAGGAAGUUGCACGAGCAGCUUGUGGAACUCAAAGGCAACAUCCGCGUACUGUGCCGCGUAAAGCCUGUGCUGAAAGAGGACCAACACGAGGAGGGUCAAGCCGUGGUGGUUACCGCCGACCUCGACAACGAGUCCUCUCUGAGCGUGCUGAGUAAAGGGAAGGGUCGCACUUUUGAACUGGACAAGGUCUUCCAUCCUCAGGCUACACAGGAAGAGGUCUUUCAAGAGAUUGAGCCGCUUGUGACCUCAUGCAUCGAUGGCUACCACGUUUGCAUAUUUGCGUAUGGACAGACUGGUUCUGGGAAAACAUACACAAUGGAGGGCAGUGUGGAGAAUCCUGGCAUCAACCAGAGGGCCCUGAAACAUCUCUUUAGCGGAAUAGAAGAGCGGAAGGACAUGUGGUCCUACAUCGUCACCGUCAGCUCUGUGGAGAUCUACAACGAGGUGCUAAGAGAUCUUCUGAGUAAAGAUGGAGAGAAACUAGACAUCAAAAUCAACCCGGACGGAACGGGACAGCUGCACGUGCCGGGCCUCAGGGUCAUCGAGGUUAAGAGCUUUCAGCAUAUCAAGAAGAUUUUAGCCAUGGCCCGCAGGAACAGGAUCACAUUUGGAACUCAGAUGAACCAGCACAGCUCUCGCUCUCACGCUCUGCUCUGCAUCACCGUGCAGGGCACCGACCUCGCCACCGGCUCCAAAACCACCGGCAAGUUGAACCUCGUCGACCUAGCAGGAUCGGAGAGGGUAUGGAAGUCUGGCGCGGAAGGUGAAAGGCUGAAGGAGGCUCAGAAUAUCAACCGCUCCCUGUUGGCCCUCGGGGACGUCAUCCAGGCCCUGAGAGCGCGCCAGACUCACAUCCCGUUCAGGAACUCUCGCCUUACGUACUUAUUGCAGGACUCGCUGGGUAAAGGCAGCAAGACGGCCAUGGUGGUGCAGGUGUCUUCUCUGGAGAGCAACGUAGGCGAGACACUCUGCUCGCUGAAGUUUGCCCAAAGAGUGUGCAAGGUGGAGCUCGGCCCUGCAGCCAGGAAGAUCGAAUCCGGCGGCGGCCAUUGCGACUGAGCCAGUGACUAACUACGCAAACACGGUUACACUCGAGGUUUGUUACCUUUCAAUAGCAAACAACGGCUAUUUUUUGCUCAAGGGCUGACCAAAUCUGUCACAUUAUUGACACGGACAGAAAAGUGAAGUACCCCUUUGUCAUCAUCGAGCACAUACAGGAAUAUUUAUACCUUCACCCCGAGUGCCAAAGAAACGUCUGCCUCCCUCCACGGUAUUAUGCUUCCUUGAGCCACUGUUCUCUCACUUUCCUUUAGAAAAAAAAUAAUAAAAAAUAGCCAUCCAGGAUCUUCCCACCAAUCGUCAGCAUUUAGAGCAGCAUCGGCAUUUUAUUAGACUCCCACAAAUGUUAUCUUGUGAUGUUUUGGCUGAUAUUUUCCCCAAUGUAGUAGAUAGUCCAACAUGUUACGUAAUGACACUUAAUUCACAUAUUGGGUUAUUUAUCUGAUGGGAGUGACUGAAUGCUUUGCUUCUCUUUAGAGCCUUAUUUUUUUGCCUUUUAGCAAAGGCAAUGGCAGUCGAGUGUGCAGGUGGCCUUGUAUUGUUGUGAUUAGUGCAAGAGGAGGACGCACUUUAUGGUUAGGACGCUGUUAUUUCGGAAAAGGUUGGCAAUAGAUAUCACUAGUGAAUGUCGUACCCAAAAAAAAAAAAAAACAUCCCCGUUGUUUCUUCAUCAUUGUUCCAGUAUGUCACCCUGAGAAUCGAAGCUCUUUUAAUCGAUUCACUUGUAGCAAACCAUAGUGGUCAUUUAUUAAUUAGAGAGUGAUAGCUUUCCUAACAAAUGUAUUUAAAAAGUGCGUGGAUGCUGAUUGACCCAAUAAAACACGGGGUUUUG